AUGCCGCCGUCUGCCCGCCCAGCCCCACUGGCCGCCGAGGAUGACGAACGAGCACACCUGCUGGCCGGGCCCGCCGGGCUGCUCGAGCGCAAGCCGACCGCCGUCGAGCUCCGGCUGGCCGUCCUCGCCUUCGGCUGGCUCUGUGUGGCCGCCAUCGGCUUCGGCCUCUUCGCAGGCGAGCUCGCCCGCAGCCAUCCCGCCCACCCCUCCCCGCCCUCCACGAUCCUCACCACCACCGUCUUCGUCGCUCCCACCGGCCUCCCCUCGCCCCCCAAGAAACCCAGCCAGAUCUGCGCCAGUGGCCCCUGUGUCGACGCGGCAGGAGAGCUGAGACGGACGACCCAACUGAGCGUCGAUCCCUGUCAAGAUUUCGCCCAGUUCUCCACCGCUGCAGGCCGGGCGCCGGCGAGUGAGGAGAUCUCGGCAAACAUCGACGCAAGGAUCGAGCACGUCUUAUCGGGGCCUGCGAGCGCCGACGGGACGCUCCAGAAGAUCCAAGCGUUCCGGAGGUUAUGCGAGCGAUCGGGGCGCCGGCCGGCCUACUCGGAGUAUGCGGGGCUGCUGGGGAAGCUGACGGGGCUGUGGCAGCGGAAGCGGGGCGGAUGGACGGAGGCGGACAGGCUCGGGGGCGUGCUGGCCUUCCUGCACGCCGCCGGGCUCCCGGCGCUCUUCGAGAUGGGGGCCGUCGGGCCCGCCCUGAGGCCCCAGACGAUCGGCAUCGACGGCCUCCCGGAGGCCUUCCAUGCGCUCUUCCCCGCCGGCCAAGUGUCCCAGCGCAUCCAGGCCGCCACCAAGCUUGCAGACACCCUCGCUCGACUCGCCGCGCUUCCCGGGGAGACGCAGGUGCUCGAGCUCGACCAGGCCCAGCGCUUGGCCUGCCCCGCAACCGCCCCCUGGCCCUGCUGGAUCCGCUGGAAAGACUUCUUCGCCGCUCUCCAUCCGGACAAGCCGAUCCGCCGGCUCACCCUCCAUGGAGUCGACUACUUCGCACACAUGGCAAGGACUAUCGCGGAACAGUCGGAGAUCGGCCUCGAAUCGCACGAUUGUCGCCAGGAAACCAAGCUCGUCUUCGGCCCCAGUCUGCUCACCCUGCUGUUCCUGAACACGUCCGAGCAGCGCACCGCCCUGCAAGCGCAUCAGCGCGCGACGCGCUUCGUGCUGGCCGCCAUGCGGGACCGUGCGCCCCGCGAAAACUGGCCCAGGACGCUCGAAGGCCCUCCCACGGACACCGACCAGUCGCAAGAGCUCGCGGCUGUCAGCCCCGAUAGCUGGGUCGAGACCGUCUACGCGCUCGAGCGGAUCAGGACCCGUCGGGCGUUCGCCGAGGGAACGCUCCGCUGGGACGUCCUGGCCAGCCGUCCAGCGAUAGCUGGAGACGUCUUGUAUCUCCCCCUCGGCGCCCUGCAGAUGCCUCAAUCGUUUCCCUUCUCCACGGACCUGCCCAAGUCGCUGCUCUUCGGCUCGACAGGAUACGUGCUGCUUGAUGCGCGCGACCAAGCCAUAGGGGCGCACCCAGCCGGCGAGAGAAGCGGCUGCGAGGCGCGUCUCGCGACGGCCUUCGCGGGCUGGGCCGCCUGGGCCGCGGCCCACCCGCGCCAGAGCCGGGGCCGGCUGGUCGGCCUUCCGGCGCACAUUGGCGCGCCCGACGCGCUCUUCUUCGUCGCCUUCGGGCGCCUCGGGAUCGGCUGUCCCGCCAUUCGACGGCUGCCGCCGUUCGUCGCCGCGUUCAAUUGCUCCACUCCUACCUCUCUCUAA